AUGGAGACUAAUAAAGGAGCUUAUCUCAUUGCCAAAAGUGUUUCUCUCCCAUGCUUUGGCCAGUCGUACGUUGCUGUUGGCGGUCCGGGAUGGUUGAAGACACUAUUUGACAGUGAGAAAAUGUUGCAGACACUCACGCUGAAGAUUUUGAUGAACCAUCGUUACGCAUGA